UAAGUCCUCUUCUAGCAAAAAAACAGUACAUCGCGGGUGAUUUACUAGUUUCAAAAAAGAACAAUUGUAACCGGAUUAACUGCAUCUCUCUGUUGUUGUUUUCUACCUUAAAAUUGAAAAAUUACCGUCAUGGCGUCAUGCUCUUCUGAUUGCUUGCAACCGGUUCUCAGAUCGAUCCAGGAAGAGGGUCGAGGUUCACGAUUCAAGGAAAUGGUUGAGACCAGGCGAAGUUCGUCCUCUUCCAAACGCCCCCCUCCUCCCCCCUCCUCACCUCUACCCCAUGGAAAGCGGUCCAAGGCUACUGAGUCGUUGUCAUCCACGGAUGACAUGCUCGGGGAGAAGACGCCGGGUGCGGUGAAUGAAUCAGGGCCGGAAUCGGCGGAGCAAGAGUUUCGUUCAGCUGAUCCGGAUGGAACCUGUGCAUUGAAGUCGGCAGACGCGCCGCUCUGUAUGAAAUUGCCCGAGGCUUCACUGGGUGACCAUUCUGCUAUUGAUGCGGUCAAGUUGAAUUCAAAUGGGUCUGGACUGAACAAGGAAAAUAAGCUGCAGCUGAAGCCUACUCUUGGAACCGCAUGGGGAAAACUUCUCUCUCAAUACCCACAAAUUCCUCACAUUCUUUUGCAUCAAUCUACUUUGACUGUUGGACAAGGCCGCCAAUGUGAUUUGUGGGUGGGUGAUCCAUCUGUCAGUAAAUCUUUAUGCAAUCUGAAGCACAUUCAGACUGAGAAAGGGAGUUCUAUCACACUACUUGAAAUUAGCGGGAAAAAAGGUUCUGUACAAGUAAAUGGUAAGAUUUAUCCGAAGAAUUCUACUGUGCCGCUAAAUGGUGGUGAUGAGGUGAUUUUUGGCUUGUCUGGAAAGCAUGCUUACAUCUUUCAAAAGCUUACCGGUGAAGACAUAUCUGCUGCAAGCAUACCUCCUCCAGUGAGCAUCUUAGAAGCCCAUCGUGGACAAAUGAAAGGUGUUAAUUUUGAGGCGAGGUCAGGGGACCCGUCUACAGUAGCCGUUGCUUCUACUUUAGCUUCUUUAUCAAAUCUGAAGGAAGAGUUGUUGCUUCUCCCCCCAUCAGAUUGUAAUGGUGAUAUAAAACAAGAGACUGAGGUCUCAGCACUGCCUGCUGAUAGUGAAGAUCCAGAUAGACAUGAUUUAGACUCUGACCUGAAGGAUUUCUCUGAUCAUAAUGAUGUACCUCUUGAUGAGAAGUCAGGUGCUAUAUCCCCUGAAUGUGGCAAUGAGAACUUGAAUCCCGAGAGUGGUGGUGCAAUAGAUUCUUAUGAUGGAGAAACUGGGAAGGAAGCCGAGGCACCUCGGGAAAUCAGGCCACUCAUCCGAAUGCUUACUGGAUCUGCUUCUGAGUUUGAUCCGAGCGGCAACAUACCCAGAAAUGAUGACCAUCAGAAAGACCUGCUUAAAGAUUUUGAUCCUCCUGUUUUAACAUCAACCAAGCGCCAAGCAUAUAAAGAUGGACUACAGCAAUCAAUACUUGAUCCCAAUAAUAUUGAGGUCUCGUUCGACAAUUUCCCUUAUUACUUGAGUGAGAUUACGAAGAAUGUUCUGAUUGCUUCAACUUACAUACACUUGAAAUGCAACAAGUUUGUAAAGUAUGCCUCUGAUAUUUCCACAGUGUGCCCAAGGAUUUUGCUAUCUGGUCCGGCAGGCUCCGAAAUCUAUCAGGAGACUUUGGCUAAGGCACUUGCAAAACACUAUUGUGCUAGGCUUCUAAUUGUUGAUUCUCUUUUAUUGCCCGGUGGGUCAACAAAAGAAGUUGAUCCUGGAAAAGAGAGCUCAAAGCCUGAUAGAGCAAGUAUGUUUGCUAAACGCGCUGCACAGGCAGCAGUACUACGACUCAAUAAAAAGCCAUCUUCAAGUGUUGAAGCUGAUAUCACUGGUGGUUCAGCUAUAAGCUCUCAUACUCUGACAAAGCAGGAAGCUUCUACUGCUUCAUCAAAGAACUACACAUUCAAAACUGGUGAUCGUGUCAAGUAUGUUGGUUCAUUACCAUCAGGGUUUUCUCCUUUGCAAGCUCCUGCAAGGGGUCCAGCGUAUGGGUAUAAAGGUGAAGUGCUUCUUGCGUUUGAAGAAAAUAGUUUGUCAAAGAUAGGAGUCAGAUUUGAGCGGCCAAUUCCUGAAGGCAAUGAUCUUGGUGGACUCUGUGAGAAUGAUCAUGGAUUUUUCUGUGCUGCGGACUUAUUGCGCUUAGUUAACUCCAGCACUGAUGAUAUUGACAGACUGGCAAUCAAUGAACUUUAUGAGGUUGCUUCACAAGAGAGUAAAAAUGGCUCCCUAAUUUUGUUUGUGAAAGACAUAGAGAAGCCUGUUAUGGGAAUUCCUGAGAUCUUUGCAGCAGUCAAGUUUAAGCUUGAAAAGUUGCCAGAGAAUGUUGUUGUGAUAGCAUCCAAUUCCCAAUCAGACAACCGGAAGGAAAAAUCUCAUCCGGGCGGGUUUUUGUUUACAAAAUUUGGGAGCAACCAGACGGCAUUGCUUGAUCUUGCAUUUCCGGAUAAUUUUGGUAGGUUGCAUGAUAGGAACAAAGAAACACCCAAGGCUUUUAAGCAGCUUGCACGUUUAUUCCCAAACAAAGUGAUGAUACAAAUUCCACAAGAUGAAACACUACUAUCGGACUGGAAGCAGCACUUGGAUCAGGACAUUGAAACUUUGAAAUAUCAAGCAAAUAUUUCUAACAUUCGCAAUGUUUUGAAUCGCAUUGAGCUUCAUUGUCCUGAUAUCGAAACAUUGUGCAUAAAAGAUCAAACAUUGACAAAUGAGAGUGUGGAGAAAAUGAUUGGCUGGGCUCUGAGUCAUCAUUUAAUGCAUUCUUCGGAAUCUUCCACCAAAGAUGGCAAACUUGUGAUCUCCAGUGAGAGCAUUAGGUAUGGGCUCAAUAUCUUGCAAGGCAUUCAAAAUGAAACCAAGAGCGUGAGAAAUUCUCUUAAGGAUGUGGUUACUGAGAAUGAAUUUGAGAAAAAACUACUUGCUGAUGUUAUUCCACCCAGUGAUAUUGGAGUUACUUUUGAUGACAUUGGGGCCUUGGAACAUGUGAAGGAUACUUUGAAGGAAUUGGUUAUGCUGCCUCUUCAAAGACCAGAGUUGUUUUGUAAAGGACAGCUUACCAAGCCUUGCAAGGGGAUAUUGCUUUUUGGACCUCCAGGCACUGGUAAGACAAUGCUCGCAAAAGCAGUUGCAACAGAAGCUGGUGCAAACUUUAUUAACAUAUCAAUGUCAAGCAUUACAUCAAAGUGGUUCGGUGAAGGAGAAAAAUAUGUCAAAGCAGUAUUCACUUUAGCCAGUAAAAUUGCUCCUAGUGUUGUUUUUGUGGAUGAGGUGGACAGCAUGCUAGGGAGACGGGAAAAUCCUGGAGAGCAUGAAGCUAUGCGCAAAAUGAAAAAUGAAUUUAUGGUGAAUUGGGAUGGUUUGCGCACAAAGGACAAGGAACGAGUGCUUGUUCUUGCAGCAACCAAUAGACCCUUUGACCUCGAUGAGGCGGUUAUUAGGAGGCUUCCUCGAAGGUUGAUGGUUAACUUGCCUGAUGCUUCUAAUAGGGAAAAGAUUUUAAGAAUUAUAUUAACCAAGGAGGAGCUAGAUCCUAAUGUUGAUUUUGAAGCAAUUGCUACUAUGACUGAAGGGUAUUCAGGAAGUGAUUUGAAGAACUUGUGUGUUACGGCAGCACAUUGUCCCAUUAGGGAAAUUUUGGGGAAGGAAAAGAAGGAGAAAGCUUUGGCAAUAUCAGAAAACAGACCAUUGCCAGCUUUGCAUGACAGUUCUGAUAUUCGUCCUCUUAACAUGGAUGAUUUCAGAUAUGCGCAUGAACAGGUGUGCGCCAGUGUAUCGUCAGAGUCAACAAAUAUGACUGAGCUUCUCCAGUGGAAUGAAUUGUACGGAGAAGGUGGAUCAAGGAAGAAAACAGCUCUUAGCUACUUCAUGUAGAGAGAUAUGGCAGAUGUGUGAAUUGUAUAUUGCUGCUGCUUGUUUAGUCACUUCAUUGUCACUGCCAGUGUGGUGGUCUGGACACUGUCAACAGUGUGCAUGAGAGAAUAGCAACCUAGGCUGGUGGGACCCGGAUGCAUGAGGAUUUCAUCUAGCUUCAUGAAUUCUCUGUUCAGGUCCUUGUGUAUCAUAUUUUCUGUCUAUAGUAUUUAACCUCCAAGCUUGCCAAGGUGUAAGCUUUAGAACAUCUGUUCAGAUUAUUUGACUGUUACUCUAUUUGCUAGGUUUCAUUGUUGUAACUUUUGUAAAAGUAUAUGUAACUCAAUAGGGAUAUAUAUGUUUUAUUUCUCGCAAUUGCUUGCACUAUUUGCUUUAUGAAUUCACUGAAUUAUUAAUGUCUUGCUUUGACCGGAUUAAUAUGCUCCAAGUAU